AGUCUCUCUUGCCUCUCUUUCGCAAACUUGCGACAUGUCGUCGUCGUUGUGUGCAUCUAAUUUCUAUCCUUCAUCUUCUUCUUCUAUCAAUCUCUUCUCCAACAACCCAACUAAACCCUUUCUUCUCUCCCUCAGAUUCGCCACCUCCAAUUCUCUUCCCUUUGUUGCUCCUCUCAAAUUCUCUACCACCAGUCACGUCCUUAGCUCUCGUUUCUCUUCGAACCGAUUCCAAAGACGCCAUUUUUUGCUCCGAUGCGUUUCAGAAGAAUCUGAGCCGUCUCUUUCUGUCGGUAACGGCGGCUCUGAAGAGAGAGUGAAUGUUCUUGUAAUUGGUGGAGGAGGGAGAGAACACGCCCUUUGUCACGCCUUGAAGCGGUCUCCUUCUUGUGAUUCUGUGUUAUGCGCACCUGGAAACGCCGGUAUAUCAAGUUCCGGAGAUGCCACUUGUGUACCUGACCUUGACAUAUCGGACAGUUUAGCUGUCAUUUCCUUCUGUCAAAAAUGGAAUGUCGGUUUAGUUGUUGUUGGCCCUGAAGUGCCCCUUGUUGCGGGUCUCGCUAAUGACCUUGUUAAGGCCGGUAUCCUCACCUUUGGCCCUUCUUCUCAAGCUGCUGCUUUGGAAGGUUCCAAGAACUUUAUGAAGAAUCUUUGCCACAAGUACAAUAUCCCUACUGCUAAGUAUAAAACAUUUUCUGAUGCAUCUGCCGCGAAAGAAUACAUUCAAGAACAAGGGGCACCGAUUGUGAUUAAAGCGGAUGGAUUAGCAGCUGGAAAAGGAGUCACUGUUGCCAUGGAACUAGAGGAGGCUUUUGAAGCUGUUGAUUCGAUGCUGGUCAAAGGCGUGUUUGGUUCUGCAGGAUGUCAGGUAGUCGUGGAGGAGUUUCUCGAGGGAGAAGAAGCCUCCUUUUUCGCACUUGUGGAUGGAGAAAACGCCAUUCCUCUAGAAUCUGCUCAGGACCACAAGCGGGUUGGAAAUGGAGAUACUGGUCCUAACACAGGCGGAAUGGGAGCGUAUUCUCCUGCACCGGUCUUGACCAGGGAGCUUCAGGAUUUUGUGAUGGAGUCUAUAAUUCAUCCCACUGUUAAAGGAAUGGCAGAAGAAGGAUGCAAGUUUGUCGGCGUUCUGUUUGCGGGUCUCAUGAUCGAGAAGAAAUCCGGUUUGCCUAAGCUGAUUGAGUUCAAUGUACGGUUUGGAGAUCCGGAAUGUCAGGUACUGAUGAUGCGUCUAGAGUCUGACCUAGCAAAAGUCUUGCUAGCGGCUUGUAAAGGCGAGCUAAGCGGCGUGUCACUUGAUUGGUCAAAAGAUUCAGCAAUGGUGGUUGUAAUGGCAAGCAAUGGUUAUCCCGGUGCUUAUGAGAAAGGAUCAAUCAUCAGAAACCUUGAAGAAGCUGAAACGGUAGCUCCUGGAGUGAAGGUUUUCCAUGCAGGAACGGAUCUUGAUUCAGAGGGGAAUGUUAUAGCGACUGGGGGACGUGUUCUUGGGGUGACGGCGAAAGGUAAUGACUUGGAAGAGGCCCGUGAAAGAGCGUAUUCGGCUGUUCAACAGAUAAACUGGCCUGGAGCUACCAUCGCCGGGAGCCCUUGCCCACCUAGAUAUGACGUAGGUAUUAUCGCUGAUCUCAUAGAGAAGCAGCACUGGUCGAAGCUAGGAUUUCAUGUGAAAGACAUAAAUCCUAACGAGCUGUUUCGACAGUUGAUAAGUUCUGAGCUUAACCCAGAUUUGUGUCUCAGGUACUAUACGUGGUUUGUGAAGAACAGUGACAUCUCUGUUUCGCUAGAGCUCACAUUUAAGCUCUUGCAUUCUCUUGCCAAUGCGAAAAGGUACUCGAAGAUACGAUCUUUCCUUGAUGGGUUUGUGAAGAAUGGAUCUGAUCAUCAAGUUCACUCGAUUUUCCUUGCAAUUUCAAUGUGUGACAAUGUUUGUGUCAAUUCGAUUAUAGCUGAUAUGUUGGUGUUGGCUUAUGCGAAUAAUUCGAGAUUCGAGUUAGGAUUUGAGGCGUUUAAGCGUUCAGGUUAUUAUGGGUAUAAGUUGUCGGCUUUGUCUUGUAAGCCUUUGAUGAUUGCGUUGUUGAAGGAGAAUCGUUACAACACUCUGAUAGAUGGGUACUGCAAGCUUGGUGGAAAUGGGAAAAUGUAUAAAGCAGACGCGGUUUUGAAGGAAAUGGUGGAGAAUGAAGUGUCACCGAACUUGACUACAUUCAAUAUACUGAUUGAUGGUUUCUGGAAAGAUGACAACCUUCCGGGGAGGAAAAUCGAUGAUGGCUUUGCACUGAAAGAAGAGAUGGAACGAGAAGGGAUUGUACCAGAUGUUGGAACUUAUAAUUGCUUGAUUGCUGGUCUAUGUCGAAAAUGUAACAUAGAAGCAGCUAAGAAGCUUUUUGAUCAAUUGACUAUUAAAGGACUUCCUGACCUUGUGACAUUUCACAUACUAAUGGAGGGUUAUUGCAGCAAAGGUGAAUCGAGAAAAGCGGCAAUGCUUUUGAAAGAAAUGUCAAAGAUGGGUCUGAAACCGAGACAUCUGACAUAUAACAUUUUGAUGAAAGGCUACUGUAAGGAAGGAAAUCUGAAGGCAGCAACAAACAUGAGGACACAGAUGGAGAAAGAAAGACGGUUGCGGAUGAAUGUAGCAUCAUAUAAUGUGCUUCUACAAGGAUAUUCUCAAAAGGGAAAGUUGGAGGAUGCAAACAUGCUAUUGAAUGAGAUGUUGGAGAAAGGUCUAGUCCCGAACCGAAUAACCUAUGAGAUAGUUAAAGAAGAAAUGGUAGAUAAAGGUUUCGUCCCAGACAUUGAAGGGCAUCUAUUUAACGUCUCUACCAAAUCUUAAUCUUUCAGUGACCAUCAUGAGAAGCAACAAUUCCCUGCUUUGCUCUACGCUGCUUCCUGAGCUCACCAUAAUCAAGCUCUUUCUCUCACAGAAAAUUAUUCUCAUUUUAAGUACUUGAGCCAAUGCCAAAGAAGAGAGAGUGACAGGAGGUGGAACCAGACCCUGCAGAAUCUUGUUCUCUCAGAGAUCAGGGUGAGUCAAGCUUCCCAGAUUGUAUGGCUUUAUGCUGGAUUAUGUCGUUCUCUGCUAUGCCUACAGGUUCCUAGGUUAUAUAGUGCUUCAGCUUCAUUUGGAAACUGAGAUAGUUCAGAUUUUGUAACUUUACUGUUCUUGUAAUUUACUUAACAUUUUGAAAUUUGUAGAAGUUUGUGAUAAUGAGAUUAUACAAAUAACUGAAGUUUCGAUCA